AUGGGCGCGCGGUUUGGCGAGGCGACGUCGUUGAACGGGCUCGGUUACCUGCACGCCAUCGGGUUUCUCCACCACGAGGAGAAGGCCUCGACCUCGGAGGGCGCGGAGGGGGCUUUGCCGGAUUACGAAACCGCCGUGCGGUAUUUCAACCAGAGUCGGAUGCAGGGGAGUGUGGAGGGGGCGUAUAACCUCGGCGUGCUUUACCGCCACGGCCGCGGCGUCGCGACGGACGAGAUUCACGCCGGACGGCUUUUUCAGGUCGCCGCCGCCCAUGGCAGCGUCCUGGCGCUUUGGCAGCUCGGCCAACAACGUCAGGCCGCCGGGGAUUGCCACGGGGCCGUCGAAUCGUUUCGCAUGCUCCUCGAACACGGCUCGUGGGUGGAUCCUUUUUUGCAGGGCCAGCGGAUGCCCUUCGCGAGCGAUACGGACACCUCCCAGAGGAUCACCAAUGAAAAUGAGGGUGGGGACGAGGAGGCGCCCGCGCGGCGUCGUUCCGUCGAGGCGCUUCGCGCCCUUUCACGCAUUCAGCGCGUUUUGCGCGGGGUUGAUCCCGUUCCCGUCUUUGUGCGCUUUCUUGAGGCCCUUUUGUUGGCGGAAAUGGGCCAUCCCACGCACGCCUUCACCGCCGCGACGCUGCUGGAGGAGCAGCUCGACGUCGUGGACGAGGAGGUGCCCGAAACCGCGUUGAUCGCGGCGGGGGUGGUGGAGCCUGCGAACCCGAGCUUCGUGCGGGGGAAUCAAAUCCCGCCCGAGCUCACGACGCGCGCGAGCCCGGGCCGGAUUACGCUCUUUUGGGAAUUCCCCGCCGUGGUUUAUGCGACCCCCGAGGCCAACACCACGACCGUCGUUCCGUGGUGGCUUUCGCAGAAGGAGGCCAAAAACAUCCUGCUGCUCCGGCUGCUCGGCAUGUGUGGGGAGAAACACAGCGAGGCGAGGCUGCGGAUUGGGAAUUUCUACUACUACGGGGAGUCCCCGCUGCUCGGGGUGAACUACGACGAGGCGUUUCAACAUUAUCAGGCCGCGGCGGAGCGGGAGAGCGCGCAGGCGAUGUUCAACCUCGGCUUUAUGUACCAGGUUGGCUUAGGCGGGCUGGGCCGAGGUGAGGCCAACUCUUUCGCCCUCGACAGCACGCAGUCGCCGGCCGAGGCGGAGUUCGACGACGUCUUUUUCAUGAUGCCGCAGUGGUGCGCGGUGGAGAAGGGCGGGAGGGCGCUUCGGGCGUGGCAUCCGACGAAUUACACCCCCGCCCCCGGCAGCGAUUCCCCGCACGCGUCGUUGGCGUUUCCUUUGGACGACGUCGCCGCGCUCAACCGCGCGCGCUCGCGGGGCAUGCUGAUGACGACGUUUUGGCGCGUCCUGCACGCCGAUCCCGACCUCUUCGACGAGAUCGAGCUCAACCUCGCGAAGGAGUAUUACGAAAGGACGCUGGCGAUCAAUCCUCGGGUGUCUUUCGCCGUCAAACUCGCCCUCUUUUCCGUCAAUUUGCAAUGGUGGUGGAUGUACUUUUCGUUGAUCCCCGCGGGGUUUCUGCGGAUGUGGUUGAUCUCGAUGCCCUUUUACAAGCCAUUUCCCGGCUUCAGUGGAAAGGAGGUUUGUUUUGUGAGUGUCGUUGGGUUACGGGAGUGUGUGAUCGAUCAAGAGAGCACGUGGGGGGCGACAUUUAUGCAAUACGGAUUCUUUGCACCUUUUAUCGGGCUACAUUUGCGGAUGUGGCGAGCGUUUUGUGUGGUAUGGCCAUGGAUAGAAGCGUUCGAGUCCUUUGUAGGCUACAGUGCGACGUUUUUACUUUUUGUACUUUUAGUUUUGCGGCACCAUGCGAUCUGA